CGCGCAUUCUCGAAGAUUCGUUUCCCUCUUUUUCACUUUACUUUUCCCUCCCAGAAUCUCUCUCGCUCUCUGUUCAUCAAUCUCAUAACCAAUUCAUCGAUCUCUCACUCAAAAUCACUCUCCGUUCUCACUCGCCGUUCAUCACACGCCGUUGAUCACUCUCCGUCUCGGAGCACCGCACGCCAUCACCGUUCAUCAUUCGACUAUAGAAAAUUAGUAUUUAUUGUACAACAUAUGGUGGAGGCGUAUAUUGCGGUACUGAAAUCUCUGGCUGGAGAGAAAUUGCUGAUUACUGAGGCUCAACUAUGUGCAAUUGCAUUUCUGGGAACAGUUAUGUCUCUGUUGACAUGUCUUCAGUGGCACUCUAGUGGUCAUGAGCCCAUAAUUGAACUCUCAAGGCGGUUGUUAUCUGUACAGAAAGAUCUUGGGUUGCGAUGGGAGCCUGGUUUGUCAACACAACUUGAGCACGACGGUUUGAGCAUGACGGUUUGAUAACAGGAAUAAUACAAAGAUCCACUUCGAAACUACAUGGCCAGAGAUAUGGGUGGAUACCAUGAGUAAUGUUGAUGUAUUAGUUGCUGCUAUUGGAACUUGCGGCACUAUUACAGGCACUGGAGAUUAUCUGAGAAUGAUAAACAGAAAAAUACAGGCUGGAUUGAUUAUAGGUGUUACAUUUGAGAUAAAGCCAUUGGAACCAUACAUGACCAUUUUGUUUCCAUAUGGUACACAUGACACAAUUUCAGCAAUUUCAUCAAUUGGUUUUGUACUUUUUGUAUUUAUAAACGGUGUACAAAUGGAUUUCAGCAUGAUAACAAGGACAGGAAACAAAGCAUGGACAAUUUCAGUAGUUGGAUUAGUUAUGCCAUUAGUUAUUGGAUUAAUACCAGUAAUACUAUUCCCCGGAAGAUUAGAAAGGCUUGAAAAUGCUAAUGGACAUGGAAUUGUUGUGGCAUUGAUAACUCAUAGUAUGAGUUCAUUUGCAGUAAUUGCUUCCCUAUUAAGUGAACUUCAAAUCCAAAACUCUGAGAUUGGUAGAUUGGCUUUGUCCUCAGCUUUGGUUAGUGACAUAUUGAGAAUAACAAUUACAACAAAUCUUGUUGUUAUGGGUAAUCCAAAUAUGAAAAUGAUUUCAAGAAACUUGGCCUCCCUUUUUGCACUUGCUAUAUUCAUUCCAUUAAUAUGUAGGCCAAUAAUGUUUUGGAUCAUUAAACAUACACCAGAAGGAAGACCUGUGAAAGAUGGUUAUAUUUAUGUUAUCAUUUCAAUGGUUUUUGCUUUAGGUGUUUUAUCAGUUAAGAUUGAUCAAGAAUUUGUCUUAGGAGCUUUCAUUUUGGGACUUUCUGUGCCUGAAGGACCUCCUUUAGGAUCUGCAUUGGUUAAGAAGCUUCAAUUCUUUGGAAUAACAUUAUUUUUACCUAUCUUUGUGACUACGUCUGUGUUGAAAGCAGAUUUUACAAUGAAUUUUUCAUCAUAUGUUAUGGUGUCAACUGGUAUUGUGGUCUUUGUUACUCACUUGAUCAAAAUAACAGUAUGUUUUAUAACUGCUCUUUCUUGCAAGAUGCCUGUCACUGAUGCUUUGUGUCUUUCCCUCAUUUUGAACACUAAAGGCGUCGUUGAAAUUGGCAUCUUCAAUGCCUUAUUCGACAAUGAUAUUAUUAAUGGGCAAACAUAUGGAGUGAUGAUUAUAAGUGUAAUGUUCAUAGCAAGCAUUGUGCAUUGGUCAGUUAAGUUAUUAUAUGAUCCAUCAAGAAAAUAUGCUGGAUACCAAAAAAGGAACAUAAUGGGAUUAAAAAGAAGCUCAGAUCUAAGAAUACUAAUAGCACUUCAAAAACAAAACCAUAUUUCAGCAGCCAUAGAUUUCUUAGACCUAUGUUGUCCAACACAAGAAUCUCCAAUCACAGUUGAUGUACUUCAUGUAAUUGAGCUAGUUGGAAGAGCCUUGCCUGUUUUCAUUCCUCAUUGUCUUCAAAGACAAGCAUCAGGAUCAGCUUCGCAUAAAUCAUACUCUGACGAUGUCAUCCUUGCUUUCGAUAUCUACGAGCAUGAUAAUGAAAAUGCAGUAUCAAUAAACACUUACACAGCAAUAUCUCCAGCAAAUCUCAUGUUUGAAGAUGUUUGUCACCUUGCAUUGGACAAAGUUGCAUCGAUAAUCAUUCUUCCAUUUCAUAUAAGGUGGUCUGCUGAUGGUGUAGUUGAAUCUGAUGACAAGAAAAUUUUAAGAGCAUUGAACCAAAAAGUCCUCGAAAUAGCUCCAUGUUCCGUUGGAAUCCUCGUAACUCGUAUUAAUUUGAUACCAAAAGCAACACCAACAACAUCAAUUACAUCAGAAUAUUCCACUACUCGAUUAGCUGUCAUUUAUUUAGGUGGAUGUGACGAUGAUGAUGAGAUUUUAUGUUUAGCGAAACGAGCGAUGAAUAAUCCUAGGAUCAACCUAGUUGUUUACCAUCUUGUUUCUAAGGAUUGCAUAGAGGAAUUGGAGGAUUUGAUGGUAAAUAGUGAUGGAUUAUUGCAAGAAAUGAAAAAUGCUGAAGGUGUGAGGUAUCAACAAAUUUUCACAAAGGAAGGAUCCGAAACAGCUUGUUUUCUACGUGAGGUUGUGAAUGAACAUGAUUAUUUUAUUGUUGGGAGAAGACAUGGAAUUAGUUCUCCUCAAACUGAUGGAUUAUCAGAAUGGAGUGAAUUUCCUGAACUUGGUGUUAUUGGUGAUUUUCUUGCUGCACCUGAUCUUAAUAGUAGUGCAUCUAUUAUGGUUGUGCAGCAACAAAUUUCACGCAAGAAAGAGCUUAAUGGAUGGAUUUUGUAGGUAUCAAAAUAUAUAGAAUAAACAAAAGCUUGCAUUGCGAUUAACCUUGCCUUGAUUCAUUCUGUUCAUUUUUAUGUACAAUUCUCUAUAAUACAUUUAUAUGUACACCCCACAAUUUGUUUAAAGUCCAGAUUUCUUUUGUUGACUUUGGAUCCGUGUGCGUUUUUUCUACAAAAAGGUUAACACUAUCAUAGAAACUAUUUAAUCUACUUAAUCACAACUAAUCUAAUUUUUACAAUAAAUUGAAAAAAAAUUAUCAUAGUUUCUUGCAACACAAGUUAAUAGUGCCUUGAAUAUACUAUUCAAAGUUGCUCAUUUAGGCACCUAUCAGAUCCUUCAAACAUUAAAAAAGAGAAAGACAGAGAGAUUGAAGAGGAGCACAAAGCAACAAGGUGGAGAAGCAUUUGUGGCUUGAUCAUUCGACUUUGGAUGCAAAUUCAUUUUCAUUUCAUCUCAAUUGUAAAGCUACCAAGAGGAAAUUAUCUUUGUGUUGGGAUUGUGUAAUUAACUACUAUUCCUUUGUAAAUUCUACCGUCAUAAUAAAAAUAGCAUCGAUCCAUGAAGACUACUAAAAAUUAAGGAAAAGGUUUUUACUAUAUUUAUUGCAUUUCAUUGAUUUGCUAAACAAUAUGGGACUGGACA